GAACUUGUUAUACUGCCCUAGUGAUGACUGAAGUUAACGUGGAAGCGUACCACAUGGUAGUGCCCCAGAUCAGCAUUAACGACAACUUCUCAACUAAAGAAUCAAUCCCCAACUUUAUAGUUUCCACGUCACCGGUACUGGAAAACCAGGUCCUUGAUGGUGUGGCAACCCUUUCUCUGAAGAAUGAUGACACCAAGGACAUCAGUCCUACACUUCUGAACUUGUUCACAGACGACAAUGGUGAUCAUGUCAUGGUACACAAGGUGCUGGCACAACUGAAGAGGAAUGGUAUCCGCCCAUUUACAGAUAUCAGACUAGAGGAAAUGAUGAACAGAUUGUCAGUAGAUCCCGAGGGACUGACUAUACAGAGUGAGAUUGGUGUGAAGAAAACCGUGUCAGUUGAGGAGUUUAAAGAGGUUAGUCACAGCUGCGCUCUUCUUCUCAACAAAGCUCUCAGCUCAAACAUGAUUAUUCCGGAUUUUCAAGGAUUUUGCAGUGAGAUUAAGAAUAUUUGGGAGGAUUUGAAGAAGUGUCGAGGUGGGAAGAAUGCUGAUUACAUCCCUCAGCUGUCCAGAGUAAACCCCAACUAUUUGGGGAUAUCAGUUUGCACUAUUGAUGGUCAGAGGUGCUCUUUUGGUGACACAGAUAUACCCUUCUGUAUUCAGUCGUGCAGCAAAGCACUGAACUACGCUAUUAAUGUAGCAGAACACGGUCCUGACUUUGUACACCAGUACCUGGGUAAAGAGCCCAGCGGAGUUGGAUUUAAUCAGAUAGGACUAGACAAGAACGGUCUGCCUCAUAACCCCAUGAUCAACCCAGGGGCUAUCAGCAGCUGCAGUAUUUUGAAGAAAGACGAGUGUCUUGCAGAUAGGUUUGAUUUCGCUACCAGUGAGUACAAGAAAAUGGCUGGCGAAGAGUUCAUUGGUUUUAGUAAUGCCACAUUUUUGUCAGAGAAGUCCGAGGCAGACAGAAACUUUGCUAUCGGGUACUAUCUGAAGGAGCACGGAGUAUUCCCGGAGAACGUGAAUCUGUCAGAAACUCUAGACCUGUAUUUCCAGCUGUGUUCUGUGGAGUCUACAGCAGACUCGGCUGCUGUGAUCAGCGGCACUCUUGCUAACGGCGGAGUCUGCCCCACUACUAAGGAAGUGUGUGUCACUGCGGACGCUGUGAGGAACACUCUGUCCCUUAUGUACUCCUGUGGCAUGUACGACUACUCCGGAGAGUGGGCCUUUGAAGUGGGUCUUCCCGCAAAGUCAGGGGUUGCUGGUUCUAUCUUUAUUGUAGUACCCGGAGUGAUGGGCAUAUGUGUGUGGAGUCCGCCACUAGAUGAGCUUGGUAACAGCUACCGGGGUAUUCUGUUCGCAAAGAAACUGAUUGAGAAGUUCGCGUUUCACCAGUUCGACACAGUCCAAGGAGAUGUUAAGAAAAUAGAUCCUCGACUACAGAUUCGCCAGGAGACGAGAGAGAUGCAGAUCAACAACAUGCUGAGUGCAUCAAGUAACAAUGACCUGGUCCUCCUGACCCGGUAUAUUGAGAGUGGGGUAGACUUCAACAUGCCCGACUACGACAACAGAACAGCACUCCACUUAGCAGUGUGUAACGGCCAUCUCAACGUCGUCAGGUUCCUCGUUGAGAAGGGUAAGGUUGAUGUCAACUUCCUUGAUAGAUGGCAGAGCACUGCUCUCGACGAAGCUUGUAAGUACGAGUUUGAAGAUAUCAGAAGUUAUUUAGAGAAGAAGGGAGGUCUGGAAGGAGAUGUUAUUUUGCAGCGAGCUACGAUGCAGUACUGAUGGAGCUGGGACUUAGUAACCCCUUAGUAACCCCUUAGUAACCCCUUAGUAACCCCUUAGUAACCCCUUAGUAACUCCUUAGUAACCCCUUAGUAACUCCUUAGUAACCCCUUCUUACUUUCUUAGUAACCCGUUCUUAGUAACCCGUUCUUAGUAACCCCUUAGUAACCCCUUAGUAACCCCUUCUUACUUUCUUAGUAACCCCUUAGUAACCCCUUCUUACUUUCUUAGUAACCCCUUAGUAACACCUUCUUAGUAAACCCUAAGUAACCCCUUCUUAGUAACCCCUUAGUAACCCCUUAGUAACCCCUUCUUCGGGGGAAAUAGUGAGUUAAAGAUAGUUUUUAGGUGUGCUAUCAACAAAACGCACUCAAACAUUAGGAUUUAAUUUUAUGAAAUGGUUCCAGAGACUGAGAGACAGAUUCCAGCUUUAGGUAGAUGUUAAAUUAGCACAUUAAAGUACUACACUAUAACUAUACAGUCAGACCCUGAUUAAGAAUGGUUUUUAUCCAGUUUUGUCUUGAUUUACUGUGAUCUAUUUGACUGUAUGAUAUUUUUAGAGGCAAACUCAUGUUCAUGGUUCGAGUAGAAAUGUGAUCAUCACAGAGCUUUCCCAUUGAGCUUCUGAAACUGGAAGAACCUCUGUCUAUAUACACAUAAUAACUGUAAUGCGAUGGUAAAAUAUUUUCGUGUCUAAUUAGUAAUUAGCCAAUGGGAUGCCUAUGUUGAGUUCCAUGUCUGUAUUUUAGUUUGCUUCUAGGAACUUGUGGCCUUCAGCUGUCAUCGCCCUGGUUUUUAUUUUCAAUGGAAAAUCAUGAUUUCGUUGUAUCAUAAUUCAGAUCGAUAGUGUUUAUCAGUAAUCUCAGUGUUUUUACU